GCGUCCGGCUGGCCGUUUCUCCCACACCCACCAUCGAUCCAUCGAUCCAGCGAUCCAGCGAUCCUGCGACACCCUCGUCUGCUCCAUCGAGAAAAGACAGUCCUGUCGGAUCCAUAUCUGCCGCCAUCAUGCCGCCGAAAAAGAAGAACGCAAAGGGAGGAAACAAAGGUCGCCGAAACGACGAUUCGGAUAUCGAAAUUGCCUUUGAUGAGGCCCCACAGCCUCUGCCCGCCGAGCAGCCCGCUGAAGAGCCCGCAGCCGAUGAUAGCGUCAAGUUCAAUGCCGAUGAGGAAGGAAACGACCUUGGUGGUCUGAUGGCUGCCUUGGCCUCGUCUGCAAGCAGGAAGAAGGGCGGCAAGAAGCCCAAGAAGAACCGCGCCAUCGACAGCGACGAAGAUGCUGCCGAGAUUCUGGCCAAGCUUGAUGCCAUGAACAUCGAGGAGGAGCCGGAAGAGGACAUUGCUCCCGCAAAGAAGAACAAGAAGAACCAAAAGAAGGGCAAGGCCGCUGCCGCUGCUGCCGACUUCUCGCUACUCGAUGAUGGCGACGAUGCUGGAGAGCCCCUCGACGACGAAGAGCCCAUGGUCGACGCUGCGCCGGUCAAGAAGAACAAGCAGAAGAAGGGAAAGGCCAAGGCUGCCGCCGCCGACUUUGCCGCUCUUGAAGAUCUUGAUGCCGACGUUGAUGAUCUGGCAGACCAACCCGACGAGGAGUCGCAGCCCAUUCCGGCGGCUGCCCCGGCGCCGGCCCAGAAAGGUGGCAAGAAGGGCAAGAAGGGCAAAAAGUCGGCCGAAGAAGACGACGAGGUGGCACGCAUCAUGGCUGAACUGGAGGGCCGUGCUCCCGAGCCUGCUGCCGCUGAUGCCGUGGCGGACGAAGCCCCUGUCUCCUCUCCUGCUCCUGCUCCUGCUGCUCAGAAGGGCGGCAAGAAGGGAAAGAAGGGAAAGAAGCAGAACGCGGAUGAAGACGACGAGGUUGCGCGUAUCAUGGCCGAGCUGGAGGGCAAUGCUCCUCCCGCUCAACAAGAGACCCCAGUCCCUGCUCCGGCCCCUGCUGCGGCUGCUGCUCCUGCUCCUGCUCCUGCCCCGGUGGCAGCUGCCGAUGCUGAAGACGACGAACAAGAGACGGGCGAGGUGCGUCUCAAGUCCAAGAAGGAAAAGGAGCGUGAGCGCAAGGAGCGCCAGAAGCAGAACAAGAAGGCCACUACAGGCACCAGUGCCGCAGCACCGACUCCAGCUCCGAUUGCCGAGUCUGCGGCCCCGACCGAGCAGGCCGAGGAUGAGGACGAUGAUGACCAAGAAACCGGCGGCGACAAGGACAAAAAGAAGAAGAAGAAGAAGAAGGCUGCCGCUGCCAAGAAAGAAGAGGAGCCUCCUGCCACAGCCAAGGGCCCCAAGCGCAACAAUGCCCUCCUGACGCUCCUGAGACAGCAGCAAGCCCAGCGUGAGGCCCAGGAGGCCGAGCAGCGGCGCCAGGAAGAGGAAGAGGCCCGACGUGUAGAGGAAGAGCGGCGGCGCGUUGAGGAGGAGGAGAGGAAGAAGGAAGAGGCUCGUCUACGCAAGAAGGAGAAGGAGAAGCAGAAGAAGGAUGAGCUCAGGAAGAGCGGCAAGUAUCUCACUCCUUCCCAGAAGGCGGCUCAACAGCAGCAGCAGCGCCGCUUGCAGCAGAUGAUUGACAACCAGGGCAUUGUCGUCCCUGCCCUUGCCAAGAACGAGGGCGAGGAGAUCGCCAAGCCCAAGCGCGUCGUCUACGGCAAGAAGAAGAAGACCUCGACCAAGACCGCUGAGGCCGAUAGUGGAAGCUCCACCCCCGUCCAGAAGGCCGCUGAGAUCGAAGAGACCAAGAAGGAGGACGAGUUUGAGGACGAAGAGGCCCGCCGCAUCGCCGCGAUCGUGGCUGCUGCUACCCCCAGCGUCGUCGCCGCGUCACCAGUCCCCAAGGCCAGCCAAGCCGUCAAGGAAGACUGGGAGGACUCGGACGAUGACGUGAAGGACGACUGGGAGCAGGAAAGCGAGGAUGAAAAGCCCGCCAAGGUUGAAAAAUCUGUAGCCCCUGCCAAGACCGAGCCCAAGCCGGCGGCCCCUGUUAGCGCCGCCAAGUCCAGCGCCAAAAAGCCUGUCGAAGAAGAUGAAGAGGAUGAGGACGAGGAGGACGAAGAAGAGGAUGAGGACGAUGAAGAUGAAGAUGAGGACGAUGAGGAUGAGGAUGACGACGACGACGAGGACGAGGACGAUGACGACGACGAUGACAGCGACGAUGAUGACGAGGACGAUUAUAGCGACGACGAGAUGACGGUCGCCGAGAAGCAGGCCUGGGAGCGCAAGAUGAAGGCCCAGUCCGAUCGCCAGGCCCGCGUCGCUGCGGCCAUGGCUGCGCGGUCCAAGGAUAACCUCCGCUCGCCCAUCGGCUGUAUCCUCGGCCACGUCGACACUGGCAAAACCAAGCUGCUGGACAAGAUCCGUCAGACCAACGUCCAGGAGGGCGAAGCCGGCGGUAUCACUCAGCAGAUCGGUGCCACGUACAUGCCCGCCGAGGCCAUCGCAAAGAAGACCGCCCUGCUCAAGAACCACGUCGAGUACAAGAUCCCCGGUCUCCUCAUCAUCGACACCCCCGGCCACGAGUCCUUCUCGAACCUGCGUUCCAGAGGCUCGUCGCUCUGCAACAUCGCCGUGCUCGUUGUCGAUAUCAUGCACGGGCUCGAGCCCCAGACGAUCGAGUCGCUUGGCCUGCUGCGCGACCGCAAGACGCCCUUCAUUGUUGCGCUGAACAAGAUCGACCGUCUCUUUGGCUGGAAGGCGCUGCCGGACCACCCUGUCGAGGAGUCGCUUGCCCAGCAACCCGACUUUGUCAUCAAGGAGUACAAUGACCGUGUGCAAAAGACGAUCCUGGCCUUUGCCGAGCAGGGCCUGAACGCCUGCCUGUACUACGAGAACCGCAACUUUGCCAAAUACGUCUCGCUGGUGCCGACCUCGGCACACACGGGCGAGGGUAUCCCCGAUCUCAUCAACCUGCUGGUGGACCUGACGCAGACGCGAAUGACGGAGCGCCUGAUGUAUAUCUCGGAGCUCGAGUGUACGGUGCUGGAGGUCAAGGUGAUCGAAGGUCACGGCACCACCAUCGAUGUCAUUCUCUCGAACGGUGUCCUGAACGAAGGUGACCGAAUCUGCGUGUGCGGUCUGGACGGACCGAUCAUUACCCAGGUCCGUGCGCUGCUGACGCCGCAACCCAUGCGCGAGCUGCGUGUCAAGUCGGCCUAUGUUCACCACGCUUCCGUCAAGGCCGCCCAGGGUAUCAAGAUCAGUGCCCCUGGUCUCGACAAGGCCAUUGCCGGCUCGCGCCUGAUGGUGAUUGGUCCCGACGACGACGAGGACGACAUCAAGGAUGAGGUGAUGCAGGACCUGACCUCGCUGCUGUCCGCCAUCGACAAGUCGGGCAAGGGUGUCUGUGUCCAGGCGUCGACUCUGGGUUCGCUCGAGGCGCUGCUGGCUUUCCUCAAGACGUCCAACAUCCCGGUGUCUGGCAUCAACAUUGGACCGGUCUACAAAAAGGAUGUGAUUCGAGCGUCGAUCAUGCUCGACCGUGCGCGCGAGUACGCGCAGCUGCUGGCCUUUGAUGUCCCCAUCGACAAGGACGCCCAGCAGCUCGCCGACGAGUGCGGCGUCAAGAUUUUCAAGGCCAACAUCAUCUACCACCUGUUUGACCAGUUCACGGCGUACAUGAAGGAGCUCGAGGAGCAGAAGCGGCGCGACGAAGCCCCCAAGGCCAUCUUCCCGUGCCUGCUCAAGAUCGUGCCCGGCGCCAUCUUCAACAAGCGCGACCCGAUCAUCCUGGGCGUGGACGUUGUGGAGGGUAUACUCAAGAUUGGCACUCCACUGGCCGUUGUCGAGCCCGAGAAAAAGACGGUGAUCAACAUUGGCAAGGUCGUUGGUAUCGAAAUGAAUCGCAAGCCGCGUGACGUUGUCAAGCGCGGCGAGCCCUCAGUCUCGAUCCGUGUCGAGUCGCCGGGCUACGACACCCCCAAGAUGUUUGGUCGCCACUUUAACGAGCAAAACGAGCUCUACAGCCAUAUCAACCGCGGCUCGAUCGACAUCCUGAAGACCACCUUCCGCAACGAUCUGAGCAAAGACGACUGGGCACUGGUGGUCAAGCUGAAAAAGCACCUCAACAUCCAGUGAGGGACGAGAACGAGGGCAUGGGGGGCCACGUUGUCCGAGGCAGUCCGGGUCCAUAUGUGCUGCCUGCAUCCCGGAGUCAACAACGAGCUGUAUCGACCCAC